AUGCUUCUCAAAUACUUCCUACUCAACACACUUCUUGCCCUAAGCUCAGUCACUGCCAUUCCCAGUCCCGACACCGACAAUUACGAUGUCGAGGCCCGGAAUGCCGAUGACGAUCCCGCGGGCCACCUCGUCGAUCGCGCUGGCCGUUGCGGUUCGGACGCCUACUGGAACAGGAAACAGCACGCGUGUAUCUGCCGUAGACGUGACGAGAUCUUCGACAAGGAAAUGAAGAAGUGCUGCCCCGAGGGUAAGAAGUGGGAUGGACACAGAUGCAAGCACGACUGCGGCGAGGAUGCCGACUGGGACCGAAACGAGAGAGAGUGCGUCUGCAAGAAAAAACACGCGCGGUUCGAAAACAAGCAAUGCACGUGCCCGGGUGAUAUGUGGGAAGGCCGCAAUGAGUGCCAUUGCAAGCGCGACAUGUUCUGGAGCGACACCCAGCAGAGAUGCAGGUGUCACGGGCGCAGGACGUUUGACAAGAUUACAGGGAAGUGCAAACCCCAUCACUAA